CCAGUGUAUUCAGCUGGUCAGCUACACAGGUCACCCAGGCUACCAGAUUGUUCAGAAACAUCAUUGACAACAGGAAAGAGGUCACACAAUGGCAGGGAUUUACAAACCAGGUACAGUCAGCGAUGUCAUGGACAGGGACUCAUACGAAUUGGACAAUAUAGCCGAGGACUUACAAUGUUUUCCAAAGAAGUUCCCUGACUGGAAAGCAAGGAUGAAUCGAUACGUGACAUUACUCCAAGAGAUCGCAAAUAACAUUGACCACUGUCACAAAGGUGCCUCCAUUGCCAAUAUUACAGGGUCUUCUGUAGGUGUUAUUGGAGGAGCUCUAACUAUUGCGGGACUAAUUGCUGCCCCUUUCACUUUGGGUACAUCAUUGAUACUCACGGGUGUGGGAGUUGGGGUGGGUGUAGCUGGUGGUGUCACUAACAUCACAGCUAGUGCAGUGGAUUCUGCUUCACAAUCCAAUAAACAAAAAAGAGUUAAUGAAAUCAUGGAAGAGUAUAAAAAGGACAGUGAGGAAAUGGCAGAUUGCUUCAAUAAAUUCCGCAAUGCAGUUGAUUUCUAUGAAAAUCACAGUGACAAAUUAGUAAAGGAUACUUUCAUUGGUGUGACUGAGGUCUUUUCAAAAAGCACAGGUGUUAUUGCUACAGUGGUUUCAGCCGUAACCAAAACCUCAUUACAAUCAUUCAAGGCGGUUUCUGGCGUUCUGUCAGGACUCUUUGUUGUGUGGGAUAUCUACACUAUUACAGUGAAUUCCAUUGACCUUAGCAAAGGAGCCGAGACAGAAAUUGCUAAACAGAUACGAAAUGUGGCUCAAAAGAUACAGAAUGAGGUAAUGAUGUAUGAAGAGGUUUAUGAAAAAUUACGUCAAACUCUAGAGCAAAUCUAGCCCGAUGUGCAGCACUCGUGGCUAACUUUGACUUCAGUGCCUGUCACAAACCCCAUUUGGGCAGAUUGUUAGCAGAUUGUAUUCUUGUUGUUUAUGAACCUGCCAUUUUUCAACAAUAUAUUAAGUUGGCUACAGUUUCUCUGAUCAAUUUCAUGUAUUUAUUUCCGAUUCUAUUGACUGUUCAGUCUAACCUGAUUGUUUUGCUUAUGUCCUGCAUGUCGUGUGUGAAAACUUGUCUGAGCUAUAGGGCGCUAUAUCAAAUAUGAUUAUUAUUAUUAAUCACUGAAAAACAGUUUCAGGCUAUGCCAGUGUAAUCCUUCCAAGAUCAUAUCUAGAUUGUGCCCAGUUUAAUGCUAAUGUAAUCCUUACAGACAUCAAUGUUAUACUGUACCCAGGUCACUGUCAGUGUGAUCCUCAUGCUGAUCAAUGUUAUACU